AUGUCAGAUACUACGCAGCCCGUGCGGAAGGGUGCAAACAUGCCCUUAUUGACGAGCAAGGAGGAAAGCCGCCAAUUUCCCCCAGUCGGCACUCAGGCGCGCCGCCAAUUCAUCGUGGCCGCCGUCGAGGACUUCUCUCGCCUGUAUCGUGCAAGUGGGGGAGACGUUGAGAAGAACGAACUCCUCCUACGCAGUGCUGAUCACCUUAACUGCUCACUCUUCCAUGCCGCGCUAAUAUGCAAAGAUCCCGAGUUGGAGCGUCUGCUCUUCGAUACGCGCAUACAUGACUUGUACCAGGACAUCGUGAUGGAUGAUGAUUUCUUUCGCCAACCUCUGUCCUUCGUUGAUAGCGUUAUAGGAGGCUUGAUACGACUCGUUGGCGACCUUGGUAUCGCGGGCGCGCAGCACUCGCGCUUGCAUCCCUUUGUAGCACCUCUACUUCGUCGAGCACCGGCUUUAUGGGAGAGCAUCUGGAACCGUCGGCAGCAACUCGUAUAUGCUACUCAAGAGGAACACCAAAUAGUACUCUCACCUUCAGAAGGGCCUGCGCAUCUCGCUGGGGAGCCGAUUCUUCAACUGUUGUGUGUCUACAAUCACUUUCAUGGAGCUAGAGCUGGAAGUCGCAGCGCUCCCCUGAGCUCCUACGUCCCGCACGUUGCAUUAUAUUAUCCCCUGUCCUUGGCAACACCCGAAAUACCUUACGAGAUACAAGAUCAUGCCUGGAGAGAGGCUCUAACAUGCCUCCCAGAGGCGGUACGUGAUGAUUCCGCCAGGGAUGCGCUCGUGCGCUCCGUCUUGAUGGACAAUAUAACUGCGUCUUUCGCCGAUGUCUUCUUCGGACGCUUCGCUGAAAAGCUGCAGUCGUUGCCCGAUGACUGCGGAACGAACUUUGAGCGCGCCUUCCUUGCUCUACAGACGUAUAGAAGUCUCGCCACCUGUCCCUUACUCCAUGGGGCACUGCUGGCACAUGAAAUUCAUCAGACUAUGGUUCAUGCGGUAUCUCGGGUACUUCGCAGUAAUCUGGAUGCGCAGACAGUCAAGACCAUGGUCUGGGCAGAUUGUGGCUUAUUGACUGGAUCCCUUCUGCAGGCGCUCAUUGACAGUACAGAACGGUCAAGAUCCAGUCUGGAUGUAUAUCUACGAGGAGAAUAUGUGAUCAGCGAGGUUGCUAGGGCGGUUGACUUGUUGAGCCAAGAGGGUGUGAAACUGGGACCCCUGAAGGCAAAUAUACCCGGCACGCGAUUCGAGAACCCGGUCGAGCAACGCUUGCUCGACAUCAAUCGUCUCAUCGAAGCACUGAAACGCCACAAGGGCCGAGGGUCGAAACCCUUUCUGAAAUCCAUGAAGGACGGAGCCAUGGCCGAAUGGUGGCCGAGCAUGCAGGCGCUGCAAACGGUCCAAUACCGUUUAUCAAAUUCGCCGCAGAGACAUAUGCUUAGCGGUGUCCUCCGACAAUGGGAAAACCUUGGGAAGGGCUUGGGUCUGGGUGAAGAGGAGGAACGCAAACGCUUCCGGCGGGAGGCCGCGCACCGCUGCUCUUGGUAUGCGUGCGAGCACCACAGAUCCGCGCCCGACGCCUCCGUGGUUCUCAAGAAGUGCAGCGGUUGUGGGGACAGCCAUUAUUGCAGUCGAGAAUGUCAAAGAAGCGACUGGAAUAAGGGAGGACAUAAAUCACAAUGCAGGCGGCUCAAAGACAUUACAUAA